AUGAGGGAGAUUGUUUGCAUUUCUGUGCACGUCACUGUGGGGGAGGCAGUUUCUGUGCUGGGCUGUGUCUGCAAUGCUUGUGCCCUGGAAAUCAGAGCCAGCCCCAAAGUGCAGGCUGUCGUUGGUGAGCAGGUGGCACUGAAAUGCACCUUCAAAUCCAGCUCUCCCAUCUCUGACAGGCUGACUGUGGACUGGACAUACCGGCCCCCCUCGGGUGGUCCGAUGGAGACAAUUUUUCAUUAUCAGUCAGUUCCAUACUCAACAGCAGUGGGAAAAUUCAAAGACAGGAUAUCCUGGAUUGGAAAUGUUGCCCAGGGUGAUGCUUCCAUUGCUCUGCAGAGCCCAGUGAUGAGUGACAAUGGGACAUUCAUCUGCAGUGUGAAGAACCCCCCAGAUGUUUACCAUAACAUUCCCCAGACAACCCUGACAGUCAUGGAGAGGGGCUUUUCCUUCCAGCUCACCUCCACCACGCUGCUGGCCCUUUCAGUGUUCAUCCCUUCCAUCAUCGUGGCUGUGCUGCUGCUGGUGAGGAUGGGGAGGAAAUUUGCAGUGCUGAAGGAGAAGAAAAAAACUGGCUAUAAGAAAUCCUCCAUCGAAGUGCCUGAAGAUCCAGAGACAAGCAGGUGGCUGGGGAAGCUCAGGGACUGGUGCCUGAACUGUGUGGACUCGGAUGAGGAAGACCCAUACUGA